AUGACUUUUGUUGAAAAAUUAAUUAAACGUCUUUAUCCGAAUAAAAUCAUCACUCAUCGAAUAUCUGAUUUACUUGACAAUUUAUCAAAUGAUAAAUCCAAUAAUAAAUAUAUUUAUAUAAGUAUUGAAACAGAUACUAAUAGUCGUCGAUUUUGUUAUUUAACAUUAGAUGAACUGAUUAAUGUGUAUCAAUCUUGUCCAGUAUCUGAACGUUUUAUUUAUGAAUGA